GCGCCACUUCUCCUAUGGCUGCGGACUGGUCGUCGGCGCGCCGGGCGUGGGAGAAGUGGACCGGGAAGCACGUCGGCUCUUCCGGGAUGCCAGUUAAGGCGGCGCUGCUUCUGAACUACGACCCGACCGGACCAUCUCGCCUCCUCCCCAUCAUAGCAGAGCAAGAGGGAGCAAGAUUUACUGCGGUUGAUCUGCAACCGUUCAUGGAUUUCUUUAGAAGGAAUAAUCUGCAGACGGAGUUCUUCUCUAUUGGGCCAAACCAGUAUUUAGUCACCUCAAUCCAUGAGCACUGGUUUUGUGCCCGUUGUGUCAAUUCAACAAAACACGAGGGUGAAGGAGUUUUGGUUAUGCAGAUUGGAGCUUACUUAUUGGUAUCUAUGUAUGAUGGUUCACUUGGUUCGGCUUCACAAGCAAUGAUGGCUGUCGAUCAGUUUGCCUGGCACUUUAACCGGAGAACACAUUAACUGCUAACUUGUACAACCUCUGAUCUUUUUUAAUCGACGCGGGCAUGUGCGUAUGUAAGCU